AGAGAGAGAGAGAGAGAGAGAGAGAAAGAGAGCAAAGGUCAAAGCAAAGCAGUUGGUUGGUGUAGGGAGCUGGUGUUUAUAUUAGAGCAUGGUAUGGCGUAGGGGUAAUGAUUUUCUGGGUGAAGAAGAGAGAAACAAUAUCAGAAACUCGUGAAUUCAAAAUUCUCUUUUAAUUCUCUCUCUCUGCGUAGAAACAGAACUAUAUCAGAAGCAGCAGGCAGGUAUUAUCAGUCCUCCUUAGGGAAUUUACAGCUACGUCUCUUCCUUAAGCUUUUCUCGUGAUCUCUCUCUCUCUCUCUCUCUCUCCAUCUGCCUACUUAUACCCAACAACAAAAACAGAAGAAAGAUAAUCUCUUUCUUUGUCUCCUCUCCCGCUCAUGAAUCUCUCUCCAGCUCUGAACCUCCUUCGCAUCAGCUCCACACUUUCAACAAGAUUUUAUACGACCAAGAUCGAUCAAUCAAUCAAAGGCGUUUUACAGGGUGGAAGUAUUGAAGGGGAGGUUUUUAAGAGGAUCCAGUUGUAGUUUUGAUUUUCAGUUGGAUUUCGAAAGGAUUGCUGUAGGAGAAGGAGAUAAGAACAAGAACAACAAAUGGGUAGCUGUGGGAGAAGUGGGACGGUCAGGCAGUAUAUAAGGUCAAAGGUGCCUCGCUUGAGAUGGACUCCUGAGCUGCAUCAAUGCUUUGUUCGUGCCAUUGAAAGGCUUGGUGGUCAAGACAAAGCCACGCCUAAACUCGUUCUUCAGUUGAUGGAUGUGAAAGGACUCACCAUUUCACAUGUGAAGAGCCAUCUCCAGAUGUAUAGAAGCAUGAGGAGUGACCUGGGUAGACAAGAUAGAGGCUUUACCCAUCAAAGAAGACGAUCUGUCGAGGACCAUGAUGGGUGUGUAGAUGAAGUAAAACUCAUUGAAGAAUCAGAUUCUCACUUCAUAUGCAGUCCCAUCUCUUUAAAAAGAGCAAGAAUCGAGACCACGAGUUCAAUCUCUGAUCAGAACCUGCAAUGCAGCCAAGGAAUAUGUGAGAUAGUCACGAAUCCGUACUCUGCUGAUGAUUAUAUGGGAAUAAAAGAGGGUAAUGGUGGUGGUUUCAGAUGGGAGCAGACUCAUUCUAAGUCCAAAGCCACUGCCUUCUCUCUGCCCCACGAUCUUUGCAGCCUCAAAUCCUUCAAAUAUGCAGUGGAAGAAUCUAAUUUCCUCAAGAUUGCCAAGCAAGAUCAUGGAAAGGGCAAAUCUGAGGCAAGUAGAAGCGGAAGAACAGAAGAUGAAGAGGGUGGUGAUUGCUGCGAAUUAUCGUUAUUGCUCUCGUUGCCCCAUGCUUCAUCACAGAGAAGUAAUGCAUCAUGCACGAGUGAGAUCAGCGAGGCAUUUUCAUCGUACGUGGACAAUAGAUCUACCUUGAAAGAAUGUUCUGGGUCGUCUUCAGGAAAACAUAAUAUUAACUUAGAUCUAUCUAUUGCUCUUUGUGGUACCUAAAUUUAAAGAAAAUUCGUCUGUUUUGUAGAAGUUUCUUUUUUGUGCCUUUUUGAAUAUUUCUUAGCCCACUAGUGUAGUCCCUUUUGAUUUUAGCCAUUGAUUUAUUAAUAUUCUCCUUUUGCUUUA